UUUUUUUCUUGUAAUAUGCGCAAAACUGGGGGCGCUCAUUAAGGUAGAAUUGAGUGUUGAAAAUGUGCUUGCGGAAGCAAAAAUAUGUGCCUCACUUGUAGUCUAGUGCAGUCUGGGGAGUGUACAACUGAAGAGGCGGCUACAUUAAUGCUAAUGACGGCUGCAUUAGACUCUUGGAUUCUGAGACCGCUGCGUCAAUGAGAGAUGGCAGAGAUUAAGUUAAAUGGACAAAGUUCUUACACUGUCACGCUCCCUCAUGCGCCUCCCUUUGUCACUCAGGCUCUCUAUGUGUUUAUCGCGUCGUCUUUACUCCCAUUUCUUUCUCUUCCUCAGAACGCUGCCCUUCGAGUCUCAACUGGCAGUAGGAAUGUCGUCUGUGUUAUGGUCGUCCUUGUUUUUGUUGCAUUCAACUUCGGCCCUGUGAGUUUCCUAAACAAUGUACCUGAAGAAACGAUGAAAAGUCCGGAGAUUUCCCAUCAUACCCGUCACUUACUGACCUAUCAGAGUGAAGCAGACACACAUCCGUCCAAGCAAAAAUUCUACAAGUCAAAGCCUGCAACCCCUAGAACCACAUUCAGAAAUUCCAGUGGGUCGAUGGGAAAUGUGAAGCAUUUAAUGGUCAGAGAUCUGGACCAGCUCUUCCUUACGUCUGACUGUAGACACUUCAACCGCACAGAGUCACUCCGGCUGGUGGAUGAGCUCAGUUUAUGGGUUCGACGACAUCAGAAUGAUAGGAAGACUGGAAAAAAGCCCCCUAAAAAGCAGAGGAGAAUGAAGAAACCACUUUUAAGGAGAUCGUUGUCCCUAUCGGAUCUGGUACCAGCUCAGCCUUCGCGGCUUACUCACAG